CCAGCAAUGACGAGUACGUCGGCUGGUUAUCGAUAGCCGCACUUCCAGUCUUGACGCAUACAGAAUUUGCAAAGCCGCAGAAAAUUAAAAAUCCCAGGAUUAUCCGCGAUUUAUUAGCAAAAGUUCGUUGCAGUCAACUUUAGAAAAGAGCUAGCGAGAAUUCCCAGCCCCAGUUGCCAGAAGCUUCCCAGGCAGCACCAGCACCCGAGGAAAAGCGCACCGGAAGAGCCGCCCAUGAGUAGUCAUCGAGACGGAGCCGGAGCCGAUCGAAUCACAAUCAAAAUCCACAACAUGAAGCGCAGCGCCUCGCGCUCCCCGGGUCCGGCCUCCAGGAGCAGCCUGUCGCGCAACUCGCGGAGCAUGGGACGUGGCUACGACAACGGCAGCGGGGUGCCGGGCGACUCUCCGGAGCGCCUGUCGCCAGAGCGCAUGCGACGCCGUCUGGAGCGCUCGCCCAGUCCACGUGGCCGCUACGGAUCUCCGCACCGGGAGCCGUACAUGCGCGGCCCUCCGCCCGCGGAGCGUCCGGCUGGCUACAAGGUUUUGUGCGUCAGCGCUUUGCCACCAAAGGCGCCGGACGAUUUCAUCGAGGAGACGCUGUACCGCGAGUACAAGAAGUUUGGCGACUUCAGUGUGCGACUGGCCCACGACCUGGACGAGAGGGUAGCCUACGUUUGCUUCCGAACGCCUGAGGAUGCGCGAGAGGCCAAGCACCACAAACCGCGCCUCAUCAUCUACGACAAGAUGGCUAUUGUUGAGCCGGUGUACAAGAGCACCACCAGGCCAGAGUAUAGACCUCGCGGGCACUCGAUGUCCCCGCCGGACUACGAGCGCUACCACUACUCGCGCUCCCCAAUGGGCCAAGGGGUUCCGCUGGAUCACCGCCGUCCCCCGCUUGAUCCCUAUGACCGCUACGGUCCGCCCCAUAUGCACCCGCACGCAGUGCACCCACGCGAUUACCGGCCCAUGCACCACGACUAUCCCCAUCCGCCACGCGGACCUCCUCUGCAUCGCGGCGGCCAUCCGCAUCACAUCCAUGGCCACGCGCCUCCACAUCAGUACUCACCAAUGAGGCCGUUGGCACCACGCCCGCACGCCCCCUACGAAAAGCCGGAGAGCAAGAAGGACAAGUUUCCCAACUACCUGCACCACGUGCAGCCCGAGGAUGAUCCCCUCUCCACGCGCACCCUGUUCGCGGGAAAUCUGGAGGUGACCAUCGCCGACGACGAGUUGCGUCGCAUCUUCGGCAAGUAUGGUGUGGUGGAUGAUAUCGACAUCAAGCGCCCGCCGCCGGGCACGGGCAACGCGUUCGCGUUUGUGCGCUACCAGAACCUGGACAUGGCACACCGGGCCAAGAUCGAGCUGUCCGGCCAGUACAUCGGCAAGUUCCAGUGCAAGAUUGGAUACGGCAAGGUGACUCCGGCCACACGCAUGUGGAUCGGAGGUUUGGGUGCCUGGACCUCGGUCACUCAGUUAGAGCGAGAGUUUGAUCGCUUCGGCGCCAUCAAGAAGAUCGAGUACCAGAAGGGCGAGCCGUACGCCUACAUUCAAUACGAAACGGUGGAGGCGGCCACGGCGGCGGUAAAGGAAAUGCGAGGGUUCCCGCUGGGUGGACCUGAGCGCCGUCUUCGCACGGACUUUGCAGAGUUGCCGGGCGCCACACCUGCGGCUCCAUUUAAGGGCUCAAAGCCGCCGUAUGACGAAAGUGCACUGGAGUACAGGCGUCCAGAGUAUGAUCCCUACUAUGAGGAGUCCGCGGCGUACGCACCGCGAGGUGGCUACUCGCCGUAUCCUCCUAGAGGUGGCUACCGUGGAAGAGGUGGCUAUCGCGGAAGAGGACGAGGCAUGUACCACUACCACAACGAUGUUCACAGGCCGCCGCAUCCCGGCUCCUUGGCCGGUUCCUCUUCGUCGGUGCCGCCGCCCGGAGGAGUGGACGACGAGUGGCGACGCCCACCGGGAGAGUCAUACGAAAGGGGAGCCCGCUCCAGCUCUCGGGAGCCUGGCGUGGAACGCUCGCGCUCGAGGUCGCCUUUAAAGCGGGCUCGCUCUCCCGGAUCUGAUUCCGAUACCUCGACUCGUCGCAACGAUGCCCUUGGAUCGGCCAGUACGGUGCCGGAUGUGGCGCGCAAAUGCAGCACCGUGUGGACCGGAGCGCUGAUCCUCAAGAGCUCCCUGUUCCCAGCGAAAUUCCAUCUGACUGAUGGAGAUACCGACAUUGUAGAGUCGUUGAUGCGCGACGAGGAGGGCAAGCACAACCUUCGCAUCACCCAGCGACUGCGCCUGGAUCCGCCAAAGUUGGACGAUGUGCAGAAGCGGAUUGCAUCCUCAUCCUCGCAUGCUAUAUUUAUGGGCCUGGCCGGCUCCACGAAUGACACCAAUUGCGACGAUGCCAGCGUGCAAACGCGGCCCCUGAGGAACCUGGUCUCCUAUCUGAAGCAGAAGGAGGCGGCUGGCGUCAUCUCGCUGCUGAACAAGGAGACCGAGGCCACCGGCGUGCUGUACGCUUUUCCACCCUGCGACUUCUCCACGGAGCUGCUGAAGCGCACCUGCCACAGCCUCACGGAGGAGGGUCUGAAGGAGGACCACCUGGUCAUUGUGGUGGUGCGCGGCGGCACGGCCUAAAGUGGAUUGAAAUCGGACGGAGGAGGAGAGGCAAGUGCUGGACAAACUGGAGGUAAUGACUAGCCACAGUGCUCAAGGGAAGACUCCGCCACACCUAACUAUAAUGUAGCAGCCGUAGUCGUAUCUUAGAUGCCCCUCUCUUAAAAGGAGGAGGACGAACUGGGGGUCACAUACAUGCAAGGGUCGUGUAUGUGCACCCUCCAAGCACCGCACGCACACACACACACACAUAUAUAUGAUGCACACACACACAGAGACACGAGCAGAACCGAGGAGACAUCAUCCACACCUCAUGACCCCUGACCCUGACCCGUAUUAAUUACCCAUUAAUUAACGUUCUUUUGCAGACAGGAUCUCUCUUUAUGGUUUCAUUUCAAGUUCUCGAUGUGUUAGUGACAGUGAAGUUAUUACAUAUUUUUAUUAUUGUGCUAAAAAGUUUGAAACAAAUCAAACAAUAUUGUCUCCAAACGCAUACAUACAGUUUUUCCAAUUUUAUUAUGUUAAAGUGUACAACUGAGAAUGAAAACAACACGAGUAAAACACCUUAAAUUUUCUAAAAAAAAAACAAACAAAAGAAAAAGAAAACAACUCAAUUCGAGUGUCCGCUUAAGAUCAACAACUAGUGCGAAAUAAUCCUGAUGAAACAGUUUUUGUGUUCUUUUAAAUUGAUUUCCUUUAUUUGAUUUGUGUUACGCCGAUGAUUUUUGCUUUGGUCUUUGGUUUGUGAACUAUGUUGAUGAUGAAAAUACAGUGCGACAAAAAGUGCACCCAGUAGUGGUCUGAUUGUCCAGUUGAUGAGUCCAAAACGAAUGUUACCAAGUGUUUCCAGAGUUUGUUUGCAGUGCGAUUCCGCCGUAAAAACAGCAAUCAGUGCGAAGUGUUUAACUCUGGCUGAGCUUCAGUUGCCCCCCCGAUCGCCCAGAGGUUCAUUGGUGUUUUUUUGGCCUGUGGGUGCGUGAAAGUGGCUACCAAAUCCGAAUCUGUUUAUCCGUCUUCCAUCCGAAGAGAGAACGUCGUGUAGCAUUUGCUCCAAAAUGUCUCUGCUGUUUGAUUGGGUUUGGCAAUUGUUACAUUGGUUUUCUUGUGGCUGCUCUCAACAGAAUGGUGUUUUGUUUAUAAUUUAUACAUGCGUUCAUGCGACAUUUAUGUUUCUGUGAGUUCAAGUGUCAUUCCACGGGCCCAAAUCAAUUAAGAUAUGAUGAAAAUCCAAGUAGUUGGCCCAGUGCAUGUGCUGUGUAUGCGUGUGUUCUCAAAUAUAUUACCUAUAUAAAUAUAUAUCUAUAUAUAUAUCGUACAGAUAUAUAUAUCCAAUCGUUAAUCUGUACACUAAGAGAUAGUAGUCACGAUCAAACGCAGUUAAUUCACAUCAUUAGACAGAUGUCCGAGUAAUUUAUGCUUCAAAAAAUAUUAUAU